AAAGCAGGUGCCGGCUGCCUGGGUCAGAACUGCUGUAUAACAAACCACUCCAAAACUUGGUGAAGUAAAGCACCGUUUAUUCGGCUCACUGUUCUGUGAGUGAACAAAUUCGUCUGGGCACAGCUGGACUCACUGACGCAUCUGUGGUCAGCUCCUAGACACCUGGACAGCUUUCUUCUGGGCACUGGUGGCUGGUGGCACGGUCCUUGGGGUGACGGGCCCCCACGGACCUGUCCACAGGCUUGCUUGGGAGGAUUUCCAGAGAGAGGAGAAGCCUGCAGAUCAUCUUGAGGCCUGGAUUCAGAAUUCAUGGAGAGUCCUUCCCUCUGCAUUCUGUCAGCUGGGACAGAUCACAAGGCCAGCCCAGGAUCUGGGGCGGAGGAGCAGGCUGCGGACCCUGGACCUCUUCUUCGUGGUUGAUUCCAAUUUACCCCUCGAGACCAGGGACACAUCGCCUCUGCAGGCUGGGUUGUGUCCCCGGGGCCUGGGUUCCCUCUGUCACUGUGCUUAGAAUGUCGCAUGGCUCCUGUUCAUUUGCUUCGUAGUAGAAUGUGAGCUCCUUAGAAAUGGACUGUCUUUCAAUCCAGGAUGUCGCACAAAGUAGGUAACUUUUAAAAGCUGAAGUUUUUGUGAAAAUAAAGCAUUCCCGGGGUUGAAACCUGCCAACAUGGAGUAGAAGAUAUGCCUGUUUUUUUUCAGACUCGCUUGUUGAUGUUUCGAUACCCUGGAGCAGACUCCAUCUGAAAUAUCAAAAUUGAAUAUGUCUUCGAAAAACGAAGGGGGCAAAGGAUCCCGACCAGCAUUCUGAGUAGAGAUCAUUAUUAAACAUUUAUGUACCGUCUUUCUAAAUUACAAGUUUGCUGAGAAGGAAGACAAGUCGUGUUUUCAUGGCGCGUUUGUCAGAGUAAGCAGGCCCAUCCAUGAGCCGACCCACUGGGACUUGGGAUAAAAAGAUCUCCGUUUUAGGAAGACGAAGGAAGGAACGUUACUCUGGAAGGCACCGAACGUCAGCGUCGCUGGUGGAUGAGAGGUGUGGUCCACACAAUGUUCAGCUGUCUGUCUGCCUCCCUGGAUUCCUCGUAUUCCCAUCGCUGGGUUGACGCCCAGCCAUGCAGCGGAGGUCAAGAGGACUCAAUGCUGGGCUCAUCCUGCUCCUUUCUCAAAUCUUACAAGUUGGGGUCAACAAUAUUCCACCUGUCACGCUAGCAACUUUGGCCAUCAACAUCUGGUUCUUCCUGAGUCCUCUGAAGCCACUGCUCAGCUCCUGCCUCAGCGUGGAGACGUGUUACCAGGAGAAAGACUGGCAGCGCUUACUGCUGUCCCCCCUGCACCAUGCAGACGAUUGGCACCUGUACUUCAAUAUGGUGUCCAUGCUGUGGAAAGGAAUUCAGCUGGAAAGAACACUAGGAAGCAGAUGGUUCGCCUACAUUAUCACCACCUUCUCCCUGCUCACUGGGGUGGUGUACCUGCUCUUGGAAUCUGCUCUUGCGGAAUUCCUGGAUGAACCUGUCUUCAAAACGAAUUGUGCUGUAGGUUUCUCAGGAGUUUUGUUUGCUCUGAAAGUCCUGAGCAACCAUUACUACCCCGGAGGCUUCGCCAACGUUUUGGGCUUUCCUGUUCCCAUCAGAUUCGCUUGUUGGGCAGAACUGGUGGCGAUUCAUUUCGUCUCCCCGGGGACUUCCUUCGCCGGGCAUCUGGCCGGGAUUCUCGUUGGACUCCUGUACAUUCACGGGCCGCUGAAGAAACUCAUGGAGUUGUGCGCAGGCAUUUUUUCUUCCAAUACUGGUUACCCAAGACAGCAACGCUACUUUAAUAAUUCAGGCUACUCUGGGUACCAGGAUUAUUACCCUCACGGCAGGGCAGGCUCCCGGGAAGAGGUGCCCAGGAGCUACGACGCGUACACAGCAGGCCUGAGUGAGGAGGAGCAGCUGGAGAGGGCACUGCGGGCCAGCCUCUGGGACCAAGGAAACAGCAGGAGCGCCCCGAGGUCCUACGGGUUCCACCUGUCACCCGAAGAAGAAACGAGGAGAAGACGGCUUCAGAGAUUCGACCACCAGUGAGGACGCCCGGCAUCUCGGGCCGCCGCACUCCAGGGGUGUAGUUAUCGCCCAUUUGGUGCGUCCCCCCAAACCCUGACCCACAUCUAACGGAGGCAGAGGAUGCAGUGUUCACCCCGGACUGCCCAGGUCUGCAGCUGCCAGUGUCCCCGGCUGCCUGGGGCCAGAGCCGCAGACAGGCUGCCCCGUCCUGCAACCACUGUGCUGGCUGCUGCUCCCGCCCUCGGCCUGGUUUCCUCUCACCAGCCGGGUCCCUGCCUCCAUGCAGGGACCCGUGUGCACCCUCCUUUCCCUCCCUGCCGACCCAGCGGUGGGUGCCUCCGCCUUGUUUUGUUCUGAACACGGUGACCUCCACCUCCAGUGACCUCCACCCGGAGGCUUGCCUUGACCAGCCCCAGAGGUCAGGCUCCAUGCUGCCUGGCGAGCCCCCCCGUUCGGCCUCUCGGGGAGCCGGGAGCAGACCCGGUCCUGCCGGCACACUGCCAGGUGACUUUCCAGGGACAGGAUGCGGCCGCCACAGCACCGUGUGUUCUAGUCAGUCUCCCUUGCACAGGCGCCCCAGCCCCUUGGGCCCCGGCGUCCUGGUGGCGGCGGCCGUGCGCUGGGUUCGGCCUUACGUGGCCCUGCCUUGCAGAAGUCCCGACCGGGGAAAGCCUCGGGGGGACCUCGGGGCGGGGACCACGCUCCCCUGGGUGCCCGGUGGCUCCAGCACCCCGGGCAGCCUCUCCAGCGGCCGUCGGUGCUCCCGGGACGGGACUUACGUGUCCCCCGGCAGCAAAGGGGCCGCACGCAGAACACGGCCAGGGUGCUCAGCGGGUGUGUUCGCUGAGAAGUCGCUCUUGAGGACACUUUUGCCUCACAAAAGUGCCUCUUCCCCCCCCCGUCAUGCUGUGUGAGCCACCCGUGGGCCCGGGCGCCCCAGGCCCUCCCUGGCGCCGGCGGCACGGUCCGUCCAGGUCUCCAAGUGUCCCCUGGUGCUCACGUUUCUAGGGCAAAAGCACACGCACCUGCCACUGCUGUCUUAGUCUCUGAGAUAUUUAUUUUUAGAGAGUUAGAAACAGAAAAGUAUCCUCCUAUUUCAACUCAUCUAGCAUCUAUGCAGAGUUUUCUGAUUAUGAAAGUGUUAUAAUAUACAGGACCCUGGUAUAUGCACAGAGCAAACAUAUGAUGGGAGAAAAUAAGCCAUAUGUCAGGCGAGGUUAUUUUGGGGAGUGGAGUACGUAGGAUUUUGCUUUCUGUUUUUUUUUUUACAAUUUUUUAUUGCACUCCUUCAAAAACGUGUGUACGUGUAUAUGUAUUACUUUUGCAACAGGAUAACUGAUUUAUAUGAUAAUAAAUCAAGAAACAUAUAAUCAG